AUGGCUACGAAUCAUGCUCGUUUACCGCAACGGACUACUAGAAUGCCUCUUCGCGGAAAGGCCGACGAAAAUGCAACCAGCAAACAUCUUCGUCAACUCUCAGGUUCAGCCUUAUCAGGGACCUCAAAGACUUUGCAGAAAGAGGCUGUUGGAGUAAAGAAUAAUAUCGUGCGCGCUGCCCUAGGCGAGGUGACGACUACAGCCGUCAAUCGAAGAGAAAACAACAGCAAGGUUCUAUUAGGCAAAGAGAAGGACGAGGUUAGCCUGAAGCGAGGUCGUUCGAACUCUACCAACAACGCUGUUCAGCGUGUUCCACUCGGGCCUGGUCGAAGUCAAGUUGCUCCACCCGUUACCAGUACUGCACCUAUUCGCGCUGCUCCUGGCCGCUCAUCUCGCCCAUCAACUUUGAAUGCUUCUAGACGUUCCAUUCGGGAUACAUCUCGACCUAUUGCUAUUUAUGAGGAUGUCGACAUGGACGUGGAGGACCAGCUUGAGCCUGUCGUCGUGCUAAGCGAAGAAAAUCCUUCGGAAGCUGCUUCUGAGGCUGACGCGAACUUUUUGACCAGCGAACCAGACGGUCAUGACAUGGUCCUUGUUGAGGCAGAAGACGAAGACACCGAGACGGUCGCUUUUCAGGAAUCUAAAGCACCGAAAGUUUGGCCUGAUCUUGCAACGCAGCAUCGUUUAGAUUGUGAACGCCAAGUGGAAACCAUCCGUGAAGUAUUCGAUGAUGAUGACGACGAGUUCGACCCGACUAUGGUUUCAGAGUAUGCGGAGGAGAUUUUCGAAUACAUGUCCGGAUUGGAGGAAAUGAUGAUGCCGCGCGCUGACUACAUGGACUCUCAAUCAGAGCUUAACUGGGAUAUGCGUGCUACCCUUAUCGACUGGCUGCUCCAAGUUCACCUUCGAUAUCACAUGCUCCCCGAGACCCUCUGGAUAGCCAUCAACCUCAUUGAUCGUUUCCUCUCACAACGCACCGUAUCCGUCGUAAAACUGCAGCUAGUUGGAAUUACUGCCAUCUUCAUUGCCGCCAAAUACGAAGAGAUCCUAGCGCCUUCCGUAGACGAAUUUGUUUUCAUGACGGAGGAGGCGUUCACGAAGGACGAAAUUCUAAAGGGAGAAAGGAUUAUCUUGCAGGCGCUAGAUUUCCAAAUCUCGCACUAUUGCUCGCCCUACAAUUGGAUGCGGCGUAUUAGUAAGGCCGACGACUACGAUCUUCAAACGCGGACCUUGAGCAAAUUCCUGAUCGAAGUGACAUUAAUUGACUCCCGUUUCUUGCGUGCCAAAGCAAGCCUCAUCGCUGCAGUUGGGAUGUACAGUGCAAGGACGAUGUUGGGGGGUGAUUGGAAUGACUCGUUUGUGUACUACUCUGGUUAUACCGAAGACCAACUUUACCAGGGGCAUCUAUUUAUUGUCGAAAAAAUGGCAGAAAGGUCAUUCCACAAGCUUGCAUUGUACAAGAAGUAUGCGAAUAAGAAAUUCCUGAAGGCUUCGACAUUUGCGGUCAAAUGGUCAAGGGCACACGCAUCUGGCGUAGGUGGUGUGGAGAAUACCAUGCUUGACGCAGACCUUGUCUGA